GUCCGAUCUUCUUAUCGAAGUCGAGGUGUCUGUCCGUCCCUGCAUCCAAUGGAAGCACAGUAGCUAUCGCCCACCGGCGGCCUUAUCAUGCUUAUCUGACUGCAAAAGAUGGGCUGCAGGUCAUGAUUGCCAGUCUGCAGCUGCCUUAUUUUCGUACAUCGGCCAGCGCAGCUUGUGCGACCGUAUUCCUUACCUCCGAUCUGCAAUAAUUGCUUUUUUCUUCGCCUGCAUUUUGUGUUGGAUGGGCCGCGACCCUCCCUCAGCUUCAUCGAUUCCACCUCGACGUGAGUAGAACCAACCAUGAAGUUCGAGAGGCCUCAUCUUCGUGUGGCGCACUCGCGCUCUGCGUUCGCAGAUGGUAGUUCUCGCUGGACCAAUCUCGAUCUGGACCCGGUUCCUCUCCAUCGUCGAAAAUGGGGCGCACUUAGCUUCAUCUCGUACUGGGUCUCCGAUGCAUUUAAUGCAGCCACAUGGCAGUUUGCCAGCAGUAUCUUGGCCGUAGGCCUCAGCUGGCGCGAGUCGCUCAUCAUCGUCGCCAUAUCGUUCUUCAUCAUAUCUUUCGUCAUCGCGGCUAACGGCGCCGUGGGCGCGCUAUACCAUAUUCCUUUCCCUGUGAUCGCCCGAGCUAGUUGGGGGUUUUGGGGGUCAUACAUUGCCAUCAUCUCUCGAGUGAUCCUGGCGCUGUUCUGGUUCGCCAUCCAGAAUGUCAACGGCGGAAACGCCGUGCGGGCGAUGAUCGGGGCCAUCUGGCCUAGUUUCUUGGAGGUGAAGAACGAGAUUCCCCAGAACCAGGGUAUUACGACGAAUGGCAUGGUCGGAUACUUGAUUUUCUGGUUAAUCCAGCUCCCGUUUCUCUGCAUCCACCCGAAUAAAGUACGGUGGCUGUUUGUGGUCAAGUCCGUGCUGGUCCCGAUCUCUUGGAUUGCGAUUUUGAUUUGGGCCUUUGUUGCGGAGGGAGGAGGUACAAUGUUUGAAGAGAAAGCGACUGUCUCGGGGUCACAGUACAGCUGGGUGUUUUUGGCCAGCAUGACAUCGGUUCUUGGGAACUAUGCCACGCUCAGUGUGAACCAGUCCGACUUUUCUCGAUACUCCCGUGUUACGGCAAAAUGGCAGCUGCUGUACGUCCCCAUGUUGCCGAUUAUCUUCACAUUCAUCUCAUUCAUCGGUAUCGCCGCCUCCUCAGCUGGGUAUGCCCGUUAUGGCGGAUCGAUCCCAUGGGAUCCGAUCACGUUAAUCAGCCACUGGUCCAGCCGGGCCUGUCGCUUCUUCGCAGCAUUUUCCUUUGCCCUGGCUUCUCUGGGAGUCAACAUCUCCGCAAAUUCGAUUUCAGCGGCCAAUGAUCUGAUGGCCCUGUUCCCAGAAUAUGUAAACCUGCGCCGAGGCCAGAUCAUCUGUGGGCUUCUGUCAUGGGCCCUGGUGCCGUGGAAGAUUCUUGAAUCCGCAGACAGCUUCAUGAACUUCAUGUCUGCGUAUGCAAUUUUCUUGGGCCCGAUAGCAGCGAUCAUGCUGUGGGACUUUUGGCUGCUCAAGCGCGGGAAGUACGACACCUUGGCUCUGUACCAGCCAAAUAACCCAGUGUACCGAUACUCCGACUGGGGUGUGAACUGGCGCGCCAUCGUCGCAUUCGUUGUCGGUGUGGUACCAAGUCUGCCUGGGCUUAUCAACUCCGUCAACAGCAGUGUCUCGGUGGGGGUGGGAGUCCACCCGUACCAGUUUGGAUGGCUGCUGGGAUUUGUGGGGACCACCGUGGUGUACGUAGGGCUGUCGUGGUGGUUCCCUCCACGACACGCCCUCAUCGAGAGGGCCGUGAUGGCGGAGGAAAUCUACGAUGGACGAGAGGUUGGCGCUGGCUCCGAGGAGGCCUUCGACAACCUACCCGAGAAGACCAAAGUGUAGAUAGAGUUAUACUUUUGAAUUAUACCAUGAACAAGCACAUACCACACGAGCAAACAGAUCUAUACAAUACA